UUAGGACAGCACCAUAAUGAAGUUAAAUAUACCAAAUCUUUUUAAUUUUCUUUUAUUAGUGUCAUUUGUCUGCGGAGUCACAGUUGACUCUGGAUAUAAUAUGAAACAAAGGAAAAUUGCAACAAAAACCAAGCUUCGAAAUAAUUGGGAUGAAACUCCUGAGACCGCUAUUACAUCCCUGAUUACAAUGCCUCAAGAAAAUAAAAUUAAUAGAGAAUUUAAUAAUGUUACAAAUUAUAAUUAUAAAAUUGGGAGAAAUUUACGAAAGCAUGUAAAGGGAAUAGUGCGUCCAAAUAAUUUUUAUAGAGGCAUAAGAAACAUAAUAGAUAAAUUACAAGAAAGCGACAGUUUAGAGUGUCUCUCAUGUUUUGGUAAUGGAGUGACGAAAAAGGAUGAUGACUGCUAUCGGGGUAUUGCAAUAAGUUCUCAGAAAUGUUCCCCAGGACAGCAUUGUUAUAUUGAACUUCAGGACGAUUUCAUAAAAAGGGGCUGUAUAACUAGAAACGAAAUGAACAGGACUUUUGUUUGUAAAUGUCCCUUAUGUAAUGAUAAACCUUCAGACAAUCCUAUAUAUUAUGACUACGAUAAAAUAAGUGAUUGGGCAUUUCAUAACAAAUUUCUACAAAUACCUUUACAAGGCACAAGCCUUAUUUGUAAGAUAUGUGAAACAGGUGGAACAAAUACUGUUUCAGAUAAUACAUGUAGACGUGGCAAAUACACUAAUUACAUGGUAUGCAGCUCUAAUCAAGUUUGCUAUACGAGUAUCCAUGGUUUGACUAAUAUUGUAUCUCGAGGAUGUAUAAAUAAACCGAUAACAAAUUCUUUUUUUACAUUUUGUAAUAAGACACUAUGCAAUCUUUAUUCUUAUGAGAAUCCAAAAACAACGAAAAUUGUUAAAGCGUAUUUGAGAACAUCCCCCUCAAAACUUUUGGCAUCUCAAGCUAGUAAUGAGAAUAAACGUUGGAAAAUAAUAUUAAUACUUAAUACGAUUCUUUACAGUGUAAUUAUAUUGAAUCAAUCUUUUGUUGAAUAACAUUGACAGUUAUAUUCUUCAAGGCAGAAUAUUCUUACAAGUAUUAGUUUCUUGACAGUGACAAAGUCAAAUAAUAAUUUGUUUGACUAAGAAACAAGAAAAAUGACAGUAUUCAUAUUUUUUGUAUUAAAAGUGAUUAUAUUUAUAUCAAUUGAUUCUGGGUCAUCUCUUGAGGAGUAUCUUAUGAAAAGCACCAAAUCCUUAGCUAAUUUUAGGAAAUCUGUUGAAGAGACGUCAGUUGACAAUCAUCCCGAGAAAAGCAGUCACGAUUCUGAUGUCAAGUUUGUUGCUUUCCUUCUCGAAAAUGCAAAACAGAUAUUUUCAAAUACUGAGGAGCCAAAUAAAACGGUUGAAAGUUUUUCUGCGAUUGAUGGAAUAAAAUUGGAUUUACUGAAUAUGCCUACUGGUAACGGAACUACGGAACAAAAUGCUGCAUAUAAUAAAUCGCGGAAUGAUAAUAAUAUUUUGAAUUUAGGAUAUUUAAAUACUAACCUUUCAAACAGUCCUUCAACUGAGAAUGUUACGGAGAUCCUAAAAUCUGAAAAAUUAACUGUAUUAACUGACUAUAAUAUUUCAUUAACGGAAAUAGGACAAUUAUUUACUGAAAAAUCAACUUAUCGCUACCCAGAGCAGUUGUUACUUUUAGAAAAAAAGGAUGUAGCAAAAAUUUAUAAAAAUGCACAAAAGCCGCAGCAAUUACCAUCUUUAGAAGCAACUGUUUUUAAUCAUAGGAACACUAAACGUUCAUGCAUAGCAUGUAAUAAUAUAGGUUCUAUGGACUGUAUGGAUCCUCGAAAUAAGCUAAUAUCUUCAAAACUUUGUGAUAGUGAAGAAGAUUUAUGUUAUUCAAUGCACACACCAUUUGGAAUAGUGGAUCGCGGAUGUUUCGAUGUAAAUCAUAAUCUAUCUACAUAUGUGUGCUCCUGCAAUCUGUGUAACUAUAUUUCAAUUUCUGAAAUGCCAUAUAUGUUUUCUGGAAAGCAAGAUUGGUUAGAAAAUGUAAAAGAGCUCUAUCGUACGAAACGACUUCGAAAUUCCAUACAUAAAGACAUGUCCUGCUUAAGAUGUGAAGUUAAUGCUACCUUGAAAACCACCGAUAUGCUUGAUAAUGAAAAUUGCUUGGCUGGCAACAUAAUUGCAUUGCCAAUUCAAGAUUGUGCCAGUAAUGAAAUUUGCGGAGUUAAAGCUAUCAGAAGCGAAGGCUAUAUUUGGAGAGGUUGCCUGUCCACGCCGUUGUACAAUUAUUGGUGGACCUUUUGCGGCACGGAUUUGUGUAAUUACGAUCAUCUUGUAACUAUUUAUGAUGAAUUUUAAUUUUUACUAUAUUUUAUUAUUUAUUAUACUAACUAAAUAAAUUGCUCCUCAUACAUUUUUAUCCACCCAAAUAAAAAAAUACGAGAUUUUUGAUUCAUUGUGAUGAAUACUUUUGUAAUAUUUUAUUAACCUAUGCCGAUAUUACUAUAUUCA